AUGUCUGCAAGUAAGCAUCAAGCUGUUGCUCUUCUUUCCAAAAUGCUGAAAGCUCCGCCGCUGAAAGCGCUCUCCCUCUUCACCUCCUCAACCGGCCAAGACCUCCACCACACUCACCAAUCUGUAUCAGUAAUCAUCUACCAUCUCUUAUCUUUCAACAUGGUCUUGCACGCUCAGUCCCUCAUUUUGCAGCUACUCUCCGAUAAAAUAACUUCCCCGUUAUUCACAGUCUCUUCUCUUCUCUCAUACCUGACGCGUAACUCGAAGUAUUUCAACUCAUCUCUCGUUUACGAGACGAUCAUUAGCGCUUAUGCCAAAGCGCAGUUGCCAACAGAACGCGUCCUUUCUCUGUUUGAUGAAAUGAUUGAUAAAGGGCUUAUGCCUGCGUCGAAUAUUUUUAAUAGUGUGCUGAAGUGUGUUGUAAAAGGCAAUGGAUUUGAACAAGCUUGGUUGGUGUUCGAGAAAAAUAAGGGACGAGUUGAAUUUGAUGCUUACACCUUUGGAAUUUUGAUGAAGGGUUGUUGUGACAGUGGGGAUUUAAGGAGAGGUUUCGAUGUUUUGGGAGAAAUGCGCGAAACGGGUUUGACUCCUAAUGUAGUUGUGUACACUACAUUGAUCGAUGGCUGCUGUAAGAAGGGUGAGGUUGAGAAGGCAAAGAAACUCUUUUCUCAAAUGGGAGAAAUGGGAUUGGUUGCUAAUCAGUAUACUUACACCGCUUUGAUAAACGGGUUUUUCAAGAAAGGUCUGAAAAAUGACGGGUUUGAGCUUUACGAGAAGAUGAAGAGCGAAGGGUCGUUGCCCGACUUGCAUACUUACAACUGCGUGCUGAACGCGUACUGUAACGAUAGAGAAAUGCACAAGGCGUUCCAACUGUUCGACGAAAUGCGUGAGAGAGGUGUGGCAUGCAAUGUCGUGACUUACAACAUUUUAAUCGAGGGAUUGUGCCUACAAAGAACGGUCAGAGAGGCGAUCAAUUUAGUGGAUGAGAUGACGAAUUGCGGUUUGAGCCCUUCUAUCAUUACUUAUGACAUGUCGAUGGAUGGGUCUUGCCAUGCUGGGAGACUCGAUCUAGCUUUAGAAUUGUUCGAUCAACUAAAGUCUUCUGGUUCAUCUCCUUCAGUCGUUACGUACAUUAUCUUGAUCUCGGGAUGCUCGAGAAGCGAAUUUUCAUUGCCAGUUCUGGACUUUGUACGUGAGAUGGAGGAAAGAGGCCUUUCUCCAUCGAAAGUAACCUACACUAUCUUAGUUCAUCUCUUCGUUCACUGGAAUCGCUUGGAGAAGGCGCUCGAUGUACUUGCGUACAUGACGAGGACUAAUUUGGCGGCGGAUAAGAGGCCGGCUCGUAUAAAGCCCUGGAAGAUGCUUGAAGAGAAAUUGGUCGGAAAAAGGGUUGGUGCCUUAUGGUAG